AUGAACGUUGAGAAUUUGAAAGGUAAAGAUGUAAUUAUGUUUGACGAGAAGGAAAAGGAUGUAAUGAAUAAUAUGAAGGAUCAUGAUAAUAAGAAUUUAUAUAAUGAAGAUAUUAUACUGAACGAAAAAAAAGAUAAGAGUCACGAUAAUAAUGAUUAUGAUGAAAAAUAUGUUGGAUUGAAAGAAGGUAAAGAAAAUUUUGUAAGUUUUAAAGAUAAUAAAAAUAAUGUUAUAAAUGUAAAAGGAUCGACAUUUAAAAAUAGUGUGACAUUUGUUGAUAAAAAAAAUAAUUUCAAAAAGAAUGUUAUGAUUAAAGGUGAUUAUGCACAUAAAAAGGAUGAUGAAAUUUAUCUUGAUAAGAAUAAUUUAUUUAAUGAAAUAAAUUUAUUGAUUAAAAAGAAGUUAAAAAUUAAUGAUGUUAUAAAACUCGAUUUAUUUCAUAAAGAUAAUUCUAUACAAAUAAAACCUUAUGUUAUAUUUGAUGAUUAUAAAAAUGUAAAUAUAGAGAAUAAAAUAAGUAUAGAAAUAAUAAAUUUUUUAAAAAAUUGUAUAGAAAAUAAUAAAAAAUAUAUUAACAUUCAUAGUAGUGUUGUAGAAUUAAGAGGUACAUUUAAUGAUGAACUAAUUAAUCUACCGAUACUUAAUGAAACCAUAUUACAAAAAAUAAGUAAUAAUAAUUAUAAAUAUAAAUUUAAUAUAGAUAAUGAGGUUCUUAAUUAUAUAUAUGUUGAUUUAUUUAAUAUACAUAAGAGCAAAUAUAAAUUUAAAAUAUUAGAAAAAAUUUUUGAAAUCGAAGAAUUAUAUUAUUAUGAUGUCAAACAAGAAAAGGAAAGAAAAAAAAAUAUAAACAUCAAAAAAUCAGAAGACUAUAAAAAUGAUGAACAAACAAAAGAAUUUAUAAAUUCGUCUAUAAAUGAAAAUAACAAUGAGAACAGUAAAAAUGACGAUUCUUCAUCAAGUGUAUGUGCGGACAGUGAUGUGUUAAUAAAUUUAUAUAAAGAAGUUAAAAAAGAAGAAGAUAAGGAAAGAAAACAAAAUAAUCAUGAUGAUGAUGAUGAUAAUAUGAAUGAAGAUUUACAUGAGAAAAUAAAAAAAAAUAAAAAAAAAAAAAAAAAAAAAAUCGAUAAAGAUAAAUUAUAUAUUGAAAAAUUAAAAAAGUUAGUAGAAGAAGGUAGUGCAGAUGAAUCUUAUAAUUCGUCUAAUGAUAAAAGUAGUGAAGAUUACGAUGAUGGAGGGAAUGAUAAAAAUCAAAUAUUAUAUAAAAGGAAAAUUAUAUAUUCUAAAUGGAAAGCUCCAGUACAAAUAAAAAAAAAAGAAAAUAAGAAAAUAUUAAAGAAAAAAAAUAAAAAUGAAAGUGACAAUAAGGAGAAUGAUAAGUCUGACCAUGAACAUAAUAAUAAUAAUAAUAAUAAUUUGACAGUUAUAAAAAUAUUUAAAGAAGUAGAAAAUGAUAUUGUGUGUGUUUAUUAUCCUAAUAGCUCAUACAAUCAAUGCUUAUGCUUAUCUUCUUAUGAAUAUAUGACAAAUGGACAUGAACAUAUCUUACCAAAUAAUCAUGAUAUUUAUGGCCAUAAUAAUAAUGAUGAUACACAUAUGAAUAAUGAAAAUUUUUGUAUAGAUACACUUAACGAAGAAAAUAUUAGGAUAAAGAAAAGAUAUGUAAAAGAUAUAUCCAUAUAUAACUUUUGUUGUGAUGAAAAGUAUAAGGGGUGUAAUUUAUAUCUUCAUAUAUCUAAAACGAAAAAACUGAAAAAUUGUAAAUUGAAUUAUAAUAUUCCUUAUGAGCACUUUUUAGAAAAUUAUGAUAUAAUAAAAAUGUACGAAAUUAAAAAGGAUAAAGGGAAUGAUAAUAAAAAUAAUGAUCAUAAAAAUAAUGAUAAUAAAAUUAAUGAUGAUGAAAAAAUUAAUUGUGAGGAACAAAUUAAUAGUGACCACCAAAUUAACUGUGAUCAACAAAUUAAUUGUGAUAACCAAAUAAAUAAGGGAGAGAAGAAAAGAAACCCUAUAGGAAAACUGUUUGAAAUAGAAAAAGACUGGAAAAUAAAUAUUGAUAUGCAUAUAGAUAUAGAGAAAUUAAUAAAGGAAUAUAAAAAGUGUAAUAAUAUAAAUGAGGAAAUACAAAUGAGUGAUAAUAAUCCUAUGGAUGAUAAAAAUAUACAAAAGUGUAAGUCGAAUAAAUUACAUUAUAUGAUAUAUAACUUUUAUAAAAAUUUCGAUUGUUUAAUGAAUUUAAUAAAUAGAUUAAAAAACAAUUCGAUUAAAUAUGAAUAUUAUUUCCCUAAAAUGAUUGGUGAUGUUAAUGAAGAAAUUCGAAAACAUUAUGAUAAAAAAAAAGUCAUAUUAUUAAAAAAGAGUAAUAUAAAAUAUAUUAGAGUAUUUAAUAAUGAAGUUAAAAGGAUUAUGAUACUAUUUUUUGUAUCUUAUAAUUCGAAAAUCUUAGAUUUAGCUUGUGGGCAUGGACAAGAUAUGUUAAAAUAUAAUACUGUACAAAAUAAAGUGUAUGUAGGUAUUGAUUUAUCAAAAAAAGAAAUCGAACUAGCCAAAGAAAGAUUAAACCAAAAUGAUAUGAAAGGCUUAUGUAAUAGUGACAAUUUUAUUUUUUUACAAGGAGAUAUUUUAAAUAAUAAAUUUUAUAGGAAAUGGAAAAGUAAAAAUAUUAUGUUUGAUAUUAUUUCAAUUAAUUUAGCUUUACAUUAUGUUAUAUAUAAUGAAAAGUCCUCAAAAAAAUUUUUUAAAAUUAUUGAAAAUUUUUUAGAAAAUGAUGGAUUGCUUUUAGCAACUACUAUAUCUACUGUAACAUUGACGGACUUUUUGAUGAAGCGAUCCAAUAUUGAAAUGAAUGGAGAUAAUAUUACUAUUACCCUAGAGAACGACCUAUUCACCAUAAAAUUCGACCAAGAAAACUUGUUGAAAAUUUUUAAAAACAAAAUAUGUCUGGAGGAAUUUAUAGAAUUUAUUAAUAAUAAUUCUGGUUCUCAAAUAAAAUAUGAUUACUUCAGUAAUUUGAUAAAAUAUUCUCUUGAUAAUGUAGUUGGUAUAAAAUAUUAUUUUUAUUUAUAUGAUACAAUUGAUGCUCACGAAUUUGUAAUUCCUCAGACAUAUUUAAAAAAAAAGUUAGAAGAAUUGGAUAUGGUUGAGUUAUUUAAUAAUACUGCUAUAAUGUUUCUUCAUUAUAUAACAAAUAAUUUAGAAACGUAUGAAAAAUAUGAGAAUAUUAAAUAUUUCCAUUUAUUAAAUAAAACUAUUGAUCAUAAUAUUUUUAAAAACAUUAAAGAGAGAAUUAAUAAAAUACAUGGCUACAGUAAGGACUCACAAAUAUAUUAUGAUAUAUGUUCUUUAUAUCAUGUAUAUGUAUAUAAAAAAAAUUUCGAUGCAACUAUACUGGGAACCAUGUAA